UACCUAGGUAACCCGACCCGAAGUGUAUGUACACACUGUGGGGUGUCGUGUGUAUUCUCUCAUAUAGCACAUAGAUGCAGACACAAACAAAAACCUCUGAAUGGCGGCAUACAGCCAUGCCAUAAGGAAACUAUACGUCGUCUCACAUAUAGCAUACAUACAAAACGGUGAUUUCCUUACGGUUUGAAAACUGAGAUCACGUGGUUUAUCAUCAGGGGUAAUUAGCCCUUCAUUGACAACCAUGAAUGACGUAAUAUCAUCUAAGGUUUCGAAGGACCUGUACGAAGCAGCCCGGAGAGGGGAUAUCAUGGAGAUCCGAAGACUCUUACAAGACGUAACCCUUAAGAAAGCGAGGAAGGUUCUAGAACAUAAUUCCAUCGUGGUCGAGCCGGUACUCAAUAUCGCUGUGCACUUCAAACAAGAGAACGUUGUACGCGAACUCGUGGAGUACUUCGGGGUCACUGUCGACGCAAAAACGGACGAGGAGUCGUCACCUUUAAUGCAGAGCGUUCUUGGUGGGAACGUCGGUAUUCUAAGAAUCAUAAGCAAGAAACUCAAGUAUCCCGACCGAGGAUGUCCCAUACAUCGGGUAUGUGGAGGAGAAACGCCAAAUGGCACCCAGGUUCUAAAGAUUCUAAUACACAGUGGAGCCGACGUCAACUUGAAGAACACCAAGGGUCUCACUCCGUUGAUGAUUGUUUGUCAGAAGAGAAACUCACAGGCGCAAGACAUGGUCAAGAUCCUCUUGCAGUUUGGCGCAAUGGUCAACAUUUCGUCACCCGAUGGUAAUACUGCACUGCAUUUCGCGAUUCAACAGACUGACGAGAUGUUGAAGGAAUCGGCGUGGGACAGACUGAAUAUUUUGAAGGGGUUAGUGAAAGCUGGAGCGAAGUUGAAGCCGAACAACCUAGGCCUCACCCCACUUCAACUUGCUUGCAUCAAGGGCAAUGCCGAAAUGCUCUCGUUCCUUGCGAGUAACUUUUCUGUAGAUGAUGCCAACUUGGCCGACUACCAUGAACUACUUGCAUCUUCUCUGUACUUCAACAAAAUCAAACGCGACGGCAAGUUUUCAAUCAUAUGCAAACUAAACGAGACCCACUACAAGGCAUUUAAGCAAUUGGAAAUUGGCAUGAAGUUGCGAACAUCACACGAUCCUCCAUUAUGGAAGUUCACCAACCAGAUUCGAGAAGAAGGGCUACUCUACCACGUCGAGACACAGACCUUUGAAGAGUUAAACGCAUUGAAGAAUCACGGGGAAGGUCUACUCGUAGAGUUGAUUCUGGCCCGACAAAGAGUUCUUCCCGCGAACGCGUACGAGGAUCACCUAAUGCCAUUGAUCAUUGAGUAUUACUUGUACUUAAAGAACAAGCAUCACUAUAGCCAAGCGAUAUCACUCUUAACCCACAAGAUGCGGCUGCAGCUCCGUCUGACACAAAGAAAGUUUGAGCACACGAUCAUCUUUCUGCUUGGAUUGUUUCGAUCCUACAAACAUAGCUCUCAAUGGGCUCGGAAAGAUGACCAAAGGAUUGCUGAAGCAGUGGUAACAUUUAUUGAAGAAUGUUACGAAAGCGAGCCAUCUGAAAAACGGUUCCUACUGCGUUGGCUGUACCUUACCCAAAUGUACCUGCUCUAUCUGUGCCUCUGUAACCCGUCCAUCGGCUCCACGGAUAUCGAAAAUGUCCGCAGGUUAACGGAGAGGUUUCUGUCUGCCACAAGAGCCAUCAAGAAGUCAGUACUAGCCACGUAUGCUCACUGCGAGGAUGCAUACCUUUUUGGGUCUUGCACGAGUGAACCCUAUCGAGCUGUGGUCGGGGACAACUCUCUCCAUGUGGCUUGCAGACACAUCCCAAAGGACGAAUCCAAUUCAAGUGACGACCAACACUGUACAUGUAGUUUCGAUCACCCAACGCGUCUUUCCGCUCUUCUUCAAAUACUACAUUCCUGUAGUGAAGAUAUCAACGCCAAGAAUUCUGAAGGUAAGACACCCUUGAAGGUUCUCCUUGACCGAUACUCGACAGCCAUGACGGUUGAAUGUCGGCUGGCAGUUCAGACGCUUCUUAUUGAAGGCGCCGAUCCGGACGUGAAAGAUAAGCUCGAACAGACGGCGGUCCAUUCCAUUCUCACCGGCUACCUAUCUCCAAGCUGCGACGUUACAUGCCACUCUGAACUGAAAACUGUCUUGAUACUGCUCUUGAAGAGUGGCGCAGAUCCUAACGCUCAGGACAAAAGAGGAUUCACCCCUCUCCAUCACUUGAUGGAGGUUGGCAACCAAGGAUGUGGCCAAGAUGUCCAGAAUGGUAAUCGGACAGCGGGCGAUGACAACAGGUUUUCCUGCCAGGAAUUCGUCGACAUCCUCCAAAGCUACGGAGGCUUGGCUGACCUCUACACUCCGAAUGGGAGGUCCGCCCUCGACAUGUGCAAAGAUGAAUCGCUGGAACUCGAGAUGAGAGCAAGGCUUGUGGACUCCAAGAGAAGUUGGAUGACUCUGUCACGCCUUGCUGGUAGAAUAAUCCGGUUGCAGAAGGUGUCGUAUCGCGACAUAGCCCCGACUUCACUCGUCCACAUAAUACAACUGAAAACCUGACACUCGUAUUAAGCGUUCUAAUUGUUGUACUAUAUAUCGCGCCUACAGCAAUAUACUAAUAAUGCCUUCGUCUCGUAUAAUAUAUCUAGUGAAAAAGUCUAUUAAAUGUAAACUAGUAUUUUUGUAAAGUACAGAGUAUAUAGCGAGAAUUAACCAAAGCGAUUAAAGUAUUAAUAUAUAGUUAUCAUAUACAUAUUAAUUUGUUUGAAUCUACAUCAUCAAAUUUAAAUUGUAUAGAUGCAUAUACAAAUUUUGGUUUGAUAAUUAUUGAAUACCAAAGUGCAAUACACGAUUAUUUCGUUUAUAAUUUAGAUGCACAAAAAUAUGCUGGUUAAUGUAACUUAAGCAUAAUAUAAUUGUGAGAAUAAAUAUAUUAUAUUUAUUCUCACAAUACAAGAUUUCAACUAAUAAAUGUACAGAUGACAAAUGGCGUAGUUACGGGUGAUACUUACCCGCUUCCAUCCCCAUUUAAAUGAUAACAUGAAAGAGAGACA